ACUGAGAAGCCUCGACGACCUAAAAGCUUCAGUUAUCUCUGCUUUUCAAUUAUAUAUGCAAGCAGUGUAUUUGAUAAGUGCAUGAACACACUGCGAAGAGCAAGCGGCAUAAUGCGCAUUAAGGAAGUGUAUAUAUUUAAGCUCCUGCUUAUGGCAGCAGUUACAGUGUGUGCCACAUCGAACAGUGUCGAGGAUAACCCGAUUGAUUCGAAAGAUCAAUGUAACGCGUUUUGCUUCAAUACGCUGAAGCCUCUGCUGGACAAUGCAAUGGAAACUAAAAAGAAGAUUGAAAACUGUGAAGUCUCCAUUCAAGAUAGAGAUGAGAAACUACAGAAACUCCAAAAGCAGCUGGUAGCCAGUGAAAUGAAUGCAUCAAUUUUCAACCAAAUUGAAAAUAUUUUCAACGAGAAAAUUAAAUAUAAGGACAAGCUGAUCGCAGCACUAGAAGAAAAGAGUGGCAGCGACCAAAAUGAAAUCGAUUCAAUCAAACGGCAACUAGAUGCUAACACCGAAGCUCUUAAGGUACUAAAAACCCAAUUAGCCAGUUUAAAUAGUACUGUUUCCCUUCACAACUUCAACGCCAAACAGCAGCAUGAAAAAUUGGUCCAAGUAAAAGCCAUGAACUGCGUACCAUUUGAGAACUCAACGGCCAUUCAUGACAUAGAUGUUGCCGGCUUUGGUAAGGUAUCGGUUCUUUGCGACGGUCAAACAGCCGGACCCGGUUGGACAGUUGUUCAGCGACGUUUCGAUGGUAGCGUUGACUUCUACAGAAACUGGUUUGAGUAUCGCGAAGGUUUUGGCAGCUUAACGGGAGAGUUCUUCUUGGGCCUGGAAAUACUCUAUCACAUGACCAAGUCUCUGCCCUAUGAGCUAUAUAUACAGCUGGUUGAUUUUCAAAAUGUUUCACGACACGCCCGUUAUGAUAGCUUUCUAAUUGGCAGCGAGGACGAGCAAUAUAUGCUGAAGUCCCUGGGCACAUAUUCGGGAAAUGCUGGCAAUGCCCUUAGAUAUAAUCUGUAUGACAGUUUCACAACCUAUGACCAGGAUCACGAUGGGUGGACCUCUGGUAAUUGUGCCGAAUGGUACUCAAGCGGUUGGUGGUACAAUUUGUAUGGCAACAGCAAUCUCAAUGGUAAAUACUUUUAUGACGAAGUCAAUAACGAGAAAAGCAUUUGGUGGUAUAAUUGGAAGGGUUACCAUGCAUUGAAAUCAGUUCAGAUGAUGAUACGACCAAAAUAUACUUCCAUUUAAAGUGGAUUUUUUGGUAAAAUCGGACAAACGUUUAUUAAUAUACGCACUAAAUGCAAGCAACAUA